AUGGCUCUCUGGGGGUUUCGCUGGCUCAAGUUCUUCGUCAACCCUUACGCAAAGGAUGAUUUUGAGCAUAUCAGCGAAUCCGAGCGCAGACUUUAUAUCUUAGGACGCCUUGAGACUGCAGAGUUCUCAGAAUGGUCCUGGGUAAUCGUGGUUGCGGGUGUUGGUUUCUUCACCGACGCCUACUCCAUCUUCGCAAUUAAUAUGGUCAUUCCGAUGCUUGGAAUAAUAUAUUAUGGUGGAGACAUGCCACGAAGUUAUGAGACGGCGUUGAGUGUCGUCACACUGGGAGGUUCGAUCAUCGGCCAAAUUGGAUUCGGAUUAGCGGCCGAUAUAUGGGGAAGACGCAAAAUGUACGGUCUAGAGUUAAUCAUCACCAUUGGCGCAACUCUGGGUGUGGUGAUGUCCUCUCCUGGCGUGGAGGGUUCGAUGUCGAUCAUUGUUUGGCUACUGGUAUGGAGAUUUGUGCUUGGAAUUGGAAUUGGAGCAGACUACCCACUGAGUGCCGUCAUAUGUUCUGAAUUCGCUCCCACUCGAUUACGUGGAAGAAUGAUGACUGCAGUUUUUAUGUGUCAACCUCUAGGACAGUUAGCAGCAACUCUCGUAGCAUUAAUCGCCACGGUAAGUCAGAGGAAAGGUAUACCAGCGGGCUCCAUGCCGGACGAGUGCAAUGCCCAAUGCCUCAAGACCAUGGACUCGAUUUGGCGAUGGAUCAUCGGAGUUGGAGUAAUCCCCGCUGUGCUCGCCUUGUGGUUCCGACUCACUAUUAUCGAGUCACCCAGAUAUACAGCCGAUGUUGGACGAGAUACACAAAAGGCUGCUUCAGAGUUGAAACGGUACCUGCUUCUGCGCGCGCAGUCGCCACCUGGUCCUGCCUCCUCUUCUUCAAUCGAUAUUGCUACGUCAAAUCAUGGAGCAGCCAGUCUACGACGAUCUGGGUCUGGCGCUGCUUCGGUGGUUGGUCCAGAGGACGUUCCGACCACUGAUUCCAAUGGUCGGACACUCGGAGGCACCGAUAUGGAUGCCGAUGUUCAUGAACAGCGUACCAGGCCACUGUCUGGAGCAUACAGCAAUGAUGGUCAGUCGCAGAGAAGCUUCGUACACAGUAACUAUGAAGCAUCCAUUCUAGGGGAAACAAAUCACCAUGUCGACCCCGACAAUUCAGCUGAGGGUGAGUCACCUCCAAUUCCAUCAUGGUCGGAGUUCAAACAGUACUUCUGGCAUAAUGGCAACUUACGGACCUUAAUUGCGACCUCAUUCUGCUGGAUGGCGCUUGAUCUGCCAUUUUAUGGCCUCGGGAUGAGCUCGCCACAUAUAAUCAGCACAAUCUGGUAUGGAAAGAAUAUUCCAAAACUAUCAAUUUACGACCUUGUUAUUCACGAUGUCUGGCAAAGUCUGGUCGUCGUCUCACUUGGCGCGAUAGUCGGCUGUCUUAUCACCCUCUGCACCAUCGACAGGCUUGGACGAAGGAAUAUACAAAUGAAUGGUUUCUUCUGGUUGUUUAUCCUAUUUGUCGUCAUCGGAGGUUCAUUUAAUCAUCUUUACGAGAAUGGGGGCUCCGCCGCUGUUAUCGUACUGUAUAUCUUGUGUCAAAUCUUCUUUAACUUCGGUCCUAACACAACUACCUACAUAAUGCCGGCCGAGCUCUUUCCAACCCGAUAUCGCGGACUUUGUCAUGGAAUAUCAGCUGCUUUUGGAAAAUUAGGCUCUGUCAUUGCACAGCUGUUUCUUACAUACGUCGACUAUGGACACGGUGUAAACCACAAUGUCAUUCAAAAAUGGUUGCCGUAUUCGCUACUCAUAUUCUCAGUCUUCAUGCUGCUCGGUCUCAUCGUAACCUGGAAAUGGAUACCAGGGCAGGAACACGGAGUUGAGGGCAACAAUAAAACUCUCGAGGAGUGGGAAGUUGGCCGCAACACUCCCAACGGAUUUGCGCAAACGCGCCUUGCCAGAAUCGUUGAGAAGAUUUGGAAAGUGAUUGCCAAGGCUGCCGACUCAGCUUACCUGCUUCUAGAUAAGCUUGCCGGUGGCGAUGUGGCAGAAUUGAGGGAGCAAGCGAAGAGAGAAGAGCAAGAGAUGACAGAGGUUGUGGAGGAAAGAGAAGGGGUCGAACAGCCAACAACUUGCACUGAGCCGACAAAGCCAACAUUUAACUGGCGAGUAAGAUCUUGA